AUGAAGAAAGACAAGCUUGAAGUGUGUUGCUGUCCUCGCAGCGAGAGCUAUUCUGUGUCGCCCCUGACGCCACCGUACACUCCGCCUUCCAGCGCGCUCCCGCGCGAAGCCGCCCAGCCACCUCCACCACGCGCCGUGCUGCCCGAGAGGGGCCGGGGCCUCCCUCAAGCUGCGGCCUCGGCCUCCUCCCCGCGCGGCAGCUGGUGCCUCCCCGGCCCUACGGGGCUCACGCGCACGACACAGCCACAAGAUGUCCGCUCUGACGGAACUACUGCCAGCUGCCACGCUCCGCCCCUCCCCCUCCUCCUGCCUCUUCACCGCCGCGUAUCAGUCCGCCAACGCCGCCGUCGCGAGCACAGGGCGAAUGUGAGGGUGAAGGAAGACGGUUUACUUCCCACGUCUAGAGCCGAGCCAAGUCGUGCCACCCACUUUUCCUUCUUUUUGGAACAGCACCUUCUUACUAAACCGACUGGAGGUUGGACUGGGAGGGCAGGGGACGGAGGUGGGUCAUGGGUUUGGGGGGAGGGUAGGCGAGUGGCGGAACCCCUUAGACCCAGAGAAGCAUCGAGAACCGGAAGGAGACCAUGGGAGGAAGAAGCCAAAGUACAAGGCUGUGGGAAACUUUCCUGCCUACUGAAAGGGAACUCAAUAUCCAAGGAGCUACAUGAAGCAAAGCCCCAGAGAAGCCAAUUUGUAUUAACUACCUUCAGUAUGAAAGCAUAUUGGAACAUUAACUCUGGAUUAACAGAGCACAGUAAAGUGUGGUCCCCAACUCCAGGGCCAUGGACCAGUACCCGUGAGUGGCCUAUUGAGAACCGGGCAGCACAGCAGGAGGAUGUACAUGAGGAUAUGUUAUGUAUACUUUUGCUAUCAACCACCACCAUAGCUGCAGAAGUAAACUGUAUCGGUCAUUUUGUGUUGGUACGUGCAUGGAUGGGGCACCUGCUAUGACUAGACUGCUUUCUGGAUUCACUACUUGGGUUAAAGAGGUUGCUUCUGAAUGUGAGUCUACACACUGUCAUCCGUAGAGAAAUGCUGAAAAAUGUCACCCAAACUAAACGUUUGCACAAUGGGAUUAAAAUUAUCAACCACAUUAGAGCAUAUCCUCUCAACUCAUGUCUGUUAAUGUGGCUGUACAAGGAGAUGGACACAAAGCACACGUCUUCUCUCUCACACAGAAGUGAGAUGGCUUUCUAAAGGUAGAUCAUUGGUCAGAGGCUCUGAGUUACAUGAGCCACUCCAGAGAUUUCUUUUAGAAAAACAGUCACUACUGGCAGCACUUUUCAGUGACCCAGAGUGACCCACUUGCUUACAUACUUAAUCCGCUCAACGAACUCAAUUUGUCACUCCAACUUGACAACUCUGUUCAAAUUGGAAGAUAAAGUGGCUACAUCAAAACCAAACUGGAAUUAUGGGGGCUAUGAGUGAACACUGGGAUUUUUGACAUGUUUCAAACAUUACUAGUAGAGUUUUUUUUUAAAGAUAGAGUCUCAUUAUGUCACCUUCGGUAGAGUGCCGUGGCAGCAUCACAGCUCACAGCAACCUCAAACUCUUGGGCUCACACGAUUCUCUUGCUUCAGCUUCCCGAGUAGCUGGGACUACAGGCGCCUGCCACAAUGUCCAGCUAUUUUUUGGUUGCAGUUGUCAUUGUUGUUUAGUAGGCCUGGACUGGGCUUAAACCCACCAGCUUUGGUGUAUGUGGCUGGCACCCUACUCUCUGAGUUAUAGGUGCCAAGCCAAUUAGUAGAGACUUUUUAAGAGACUGAGCCAGGGCUUGCUUUCUUCCUGCUGGUGCAUGAUCACCUAUGUUUCAGUUUUAAAAAGAGUUUGAACAUUAUUUCCCAACCACCAAAGACCCCCAAACUGGUGAGGAAUUGAUCCGUGACCUAUUUAUGAAUGAGCCAGAUGAACUGACUUUGUGAUAGUAGAGAGUCAGCUGCUUAAAACUGCAAAUGAUGGUGGACUUAAAAUUGUUUGAGACAACUUCAGAUCUCCAUACAUUCUGGAUUAAAGUCGAGAUUGCCACAAAAGCUCUAAAAAGCCUACUUCCAUUUCCAAUGUUCUAUCUUUGUGAAGCAAGGUGUUUUGCAGUGACAGCAAUGAAAGCGAGAUUAUGGCAUAGAAGGACAUAAGCAACACACUUUGGGUGUCACUGUCUCCCAUCACCCCAGAGGGGACUGUCUAGUUGCAGGAAAAUAGGCUCAGGGCUCCCAUUGAUUCUGCACUACAGCAAGUUGCAUAAUUAUUUCAUUAUAUAUUACAAUGUAAUAAUAAUAAUAAUAGAAAUAAAAUGCACAAUAAAUGUAAUAUGCUUGAAUCAUCUCCAAACCAUCCCCCCACCUGCCAAAAACUGUCUUCCAUGAAACUGAUCCCUGGUGCCAAAAAUGUUGGGGACCACUGGUCUAUAGAAUGUCGGCAUGCACAUGCCUAGAGAUACAUAAAAGAAUGGUCACAGCACCAAUAAUUCAUUAAUAUGUGUAGUUUUAAAAUGGAAACAACCCAAAUAUCAGUAAUACAAUGGAUACUUAUAUUUGGUUUAUCCAUAUAAUGGAAUAUAGCAAUGAAUGGGAACAAACUACCUCUAGGAUCAACACAGAUGAUCCUCACAAAUAUAAUGGUAAAAAUACACAUAUAACUUCAUUUAUGUUGUAUUCAAACAUAGCAGAACGGAACUGUGAUUAGAAGUAAGAUGAAUGGUUUCAUUUGGGGAGGAGUGAUGGGCUAGUUAUUGGGAAGUUUCAUAAGAGGGGUUUCUUGUAACUGGUAAUAUUCUAUUUCCUGGCUGGUGGGCACAGAGAUAUUUUUACUUUGUGAUUGAUCGUUCAUUCAUUUCUUCGUAUUUGCUGUAUCUCAACUUUUUUAAAGGGAGGUCCUAAAAAGAUUCAGGACAUUAAGGGUAACACAGACAGCUUUCAUGGCCAUUCCAGAAAAAAGAGCUCCAAAAUUGCUUUGAAGGGUGGACUAGGCACUGGUGUAGGUGCAUAGUUUCCCAAGGGAAGUACUUUGAAGGUGACUAUAAUGAUAUUCAGCAAUAAGGUAUGCAGCACUUUUUCUAGGAUGAGUUCACAAAUUUAAUUGUCUGACCUCAUGGAUCUGGUGUCUCUGGGAAGCAUCAGAUGAAGAUGUUCAGAACUAGACAAGAUGAGUUCAUUUUCAAAAAAGCUGCUUGUCUAUGAUUGCAAAAGUGGCAUGUCAGUAUACACCCAGAAUUAUAGUUUUUUCAAAGCUCACUCUAUUUUAUCAUCUAUCUCCAAGAAUUUUAUAAAGAUAAUUCUAUAUACUGCUUGUUUUUAGCAAUGCAAAGUAUUAAGAAAGAUGAUCUUAAAAUAGUCUUACCACGUUACUGAUUGACAGAUCUCAGUUUUGUUUCUUUAAUUUUGCUUUUAUUUCCAGUUUGCUGUACUUCCUCUCAAAACUAUGGUUAAGACAAAGCAGUUCAAACGUGGUUCCUCAAAUAAAGGGGAAGUAUAAUGUAAGAACCUAAAUACCAAAGUUAAAAAUAUUCUUACUCAGUUUGUUUAUUCCUUAAAAAUGUUUGAAUAGAUUUAAUAAUUCCUUUUAAAAAUGUGCUUAGUUUCUCAUUAGUAAUCAUUAUAGCUCAGACCAUGUUCUCUCAAUUUAUAAUUUAUUAAAACAUAUUACUUGCUCCAUUAAUUUCAUUGACUCUUCCAAACCAUUAAUUUGAUUCCUUUUAUCUUUCCCUUAUUUUGGGUUUCUCCUUUCUUUGAUCAUAUAUUCUACUUUUUCUUAGUUUAUUCCUCAUUUGGGUAGAACACAUCCUCCAUUAGCUUCUUGAGGAAGGAUGCAUAGAAUGUAUAUAUUUUACAGGCCUUUUACAUUAAAAAAUGACUUUAUUCUAGUCUCAUAAUUGGAUGAUAUUUGGCAUUGUAUAGAAUUCUAAAUUAUAAGUAAUUUUUCUUCAAAAUUUUGAACUCACUCCAUUAUCCUUUAACUUCCAGAGUUCUUGGUCAGAAGUUCAGUAUAUUCACUUUUGUACACAUUGUAUGAAACCUUUUUUUUUUUU